GGCACGAAGCCACGAACACCCAGCACCACCCGCCAAUACCACCACACCGUCAAGAUGGGUGCCCACAAGUAUCUCGAGGAGCUGCAAAAGAAGAAGCAGAGCGAUGUCAUGCGCUUCUUGCUUCGCGUUCGCUGCUGGGAGCUCCGCCAGUUGAACGUCAUCCACCGCGCUUCCCGCCCAUCGCGCCCCGACAAGGCUCGUCGUCUCGGAUACAAGGCCAAGCAGGGCUAUGUCAUCUACCGCGUGCGUGUCCGCCGUGGAGGCCGCAAGAGGCCUGCACCAAAGGGUGCCACUUACGGCAAGCCUACCAACCAGGGAAUCAACCAGCUGAAGUACCAGCGCUCGCUGAAGUCGACUGCUGAGGAGCGUGUCGGCCGCCGUGCUGCCAACUUGCGCGUGCUCAACAGCUACUGGGUCAACCAGGACAGCACCUACAAGUACUACGAGGUCAUCCUCGUGGACCCACAGCACAAGGCCAUCCGCCGCGAUGCCCGCAUCAACUGGAUCGUCAACCCAGUGCACAAGCACCGCGAGUCUCGUGGUCUCACUGCCACUGGCAAGAAGAGCAGAGGACUCAACAAAGGCCAUCGCUACAACAACACCACCAGCGGUCGUCGCCACACCUGGAAGCGCCAGAACACCCUUUCUCUGUGGCGCUACCGAUAGAGGAGAGGUUGAUGAGGUGGGAGCAUUGCUGGUCAUGUUGCAGCGACUGUGUUCUGGAGUUGCGUUGGUCUGGAGAUGUCUUCUAUGCAGAGGAAAAUGGGUGUGGUCCAUAUCGUGGGCGCGCUUCAUGGUCAAAUAGUCAUCAGAUGAGCUUAUGGCCGAAGAUGGAACGAAAAAAUGCCCAAGCGCUUCCACACGAAUUUCACGAGUUUCCUAGCUCCCUCGAAUGUCCCUCGUGUUUGACGCUUCCACAUCUGGCAAUCUGCUCUCUUUUGUAUAUAUCCCUUAUGCUUCAAUGUCAACAGCCAUUGCAAUGGAGCGUUGCUGCUAUCGCU